AUGUGGACAGCCGCUUCUCGCUCAGCAGCGGCUCAGCUGCAGCUCACAAUCACGCUCGGUCGCUCGACCGUGUUCCGAGUACAAGUACCAUCACUCUUUUCAACACCUUCAUCACUGUGCUCCACUUUUCAUCCAUUGACACCAGCGCUCUCAACAUCUCAGUCAGCAGUCUCCUCAUCCACAGCAUCUCCCUCCACAUGGGCUUCCGAUGUCGGUACACUUUUGUGGGAUGGAAUCCUGCGCGCGGUUCCUAAGAAGAAGGUCUCUCAUUCACGAAAAUCGAUGCGCGCAGCGAACAAGGGCUUGAAGGAUCGUACCGACCUCGUUCACUGCAGCAGCUGUGGCAAGCCCAAGUUGCACCAUCAUAUUUGUGCGUCUUGCUACUUCGAGUUGAACCGCGCGCGAAAAGUUGCUUUGAAACAGCAGCACGGAGGUGCGCCGACGAAUGGCGGUGCGCAACAACACCCAUAG